AUGCCUUGUUGGUACUUUGAUAAGAAAGAGAUACGAAACACACCAACCCACAGAGAUGGGAUUGAUCCAACAACAGAAGCCAGAUACAGAAGGGAAGGGGCAAGAUUUAUCAUUGACGCAGGAACAAAGAUGGGACUGAGAUAUGAUACAUGUGCCACUGGUGUAGUAUAUUUUCACAGAUUUUAUCUUUUCCAUUCUUUUAAAGAUUUCCACCGAUAUAUAACAGCCGCUGGUUGUUUAUUUCUGGCUGGUAAAGUAGAGGAAACUCCAAAGAAAUGUAAAGACAUCGUUAAAAUAACACAGAGUAUCCUGUCUCCACAACUGUUUGCCGUGUUUUCGGAUGAUCCUAAGGAAGAAAUAAUGACAUUAGAAAGAAUACUUCUACAGACAAUCAAAUUUGAUUUACAAGUGGACCAUCCUUAUGCUUGCCUGUUAAAAUUUGCCAAACAAGUUAAAAUUGAAAAGGAGAAAUCACAGAAACUUGUACAGAUGGCAUGGACUUUUAUAAAUGAUAGUUUAUGUACAACUUUAUGUUUACAAUGGGAACCUGAGGUCAUAGGUAUAUCACUGAUGUAUCUGGCAACACGUCUGGCAAAGUUUGAGAUAUCUGACUGGCAAGGCAAGCCACCAGGAAGUAAAUUAAAAUGGUGGGAAGGGAUUGUGGAAGAUAUUACAGUGGAAUUAAUGGAGGAUAUAUGUCAUAAGGUCUUAGAUCUGUACAGCAAAAAUCCCCAGCAACAUGAAGAUUCUCCCCCAGUCACGCCUAGUAAAUCCCACAGACAAACACCACCACCACCACCCCCACAGAAACGUAGUACCACUCCAGCAGAUGGUGCACCAGAGAGUAAAUUAGCGAGAGUAGAUAGUCGAACAACACCAAAAGUAAAAGAAUCUAGUUCUAGUUCUGAUCUGAGACAAACUGCCAUGGUAAAUGCUGCGUCUAAAUCACAUUCAUCAGAUGACUCAAAUAUACAAACUAUACAAACAGUAGGCGCUGCACAAACAACAGAAUUCUCAUCGUAUAAUCCUUAUAUGUCUCGUAGCAUGUACAGUUCAUCGUUCUUGUCUGGAGAGGGUAGUAAGUCUAUACAGAAUUUAAUGAGUGGGGGUGGUGGAAGCUCGUCAGAGAAUUAUCCUGCAGGGCAACAAACACCUCAGGGCAUGGCCCACUACUCUCAAUAUCCUCCUGGCUACCAACAGGCAAAUUAUGUUCAGGCAGCUCAACAACAGUAUUCUGCCCAGGGCCAAUAUCCUGGCUAUCCACAACCAUCAUAUCCUACAACACAACAGGUUCCCGGUCAACAGCAGGUUUAUCCACAAGGUACCAAUUAUCAGCAGUAUCAGCAGGGACAACAACAAUACCCAGGUCAAUAUCCUCCCACCACAUCAGUAGCUCAAAGUCCUUACAACACUGGAGGUCAACAGGGUUAUCAACAACAGCAGCAAAUGAUUAACCAACGUGGCGCCACAGCAAAUGUACCGCGUGGCCCAAGUACGCCACGCACAUCAAAGUCACAGACCCAAUCAUCACAGCAAGGUCAAAAUCAAAAUUUAGCAAUGGUACGAAUUACUGGCAGAUGAACAGAUAAUCUCAUCUGAUAUGAAGUGGCAUAAUUAAAACAAGCACUCAAACAACAAUGGAAAAAAGUAAACAUUUCUAAAAAUGAAUUUGUUCCUUUGUGGAAAAGUUAAAUGUGAUGAUAUUUCAUGUAAUGAAAUCAGAACAGUCAAUUGAAUGUAAAAUAAAUUUAUGAAGUGCUAAAAACAGAUGCCGGUACAUGUACAACAAUAAUAAGAAUGUCUGGAUUUUAAUCGCAAAACAAUCAUAUUCUUUUUUAUAAAUGUGAAAACACAAUAGAUUUAAAACAAUGGAUUUUUUAAGACUGAAUUGAAAUAUGAUAUACCAUUUGUUUUUGUAAAAAUGUGAUUAAUUUUAAGACUAAAUGGAAGUAUUAUACACCUUAAGUUUGUGUGUAAACAUAAAUCAUCAACUAAAAUUUUACCCAAAAUAAAGACAUUAAGUGUUUUAUGUAUGGUAUUGUUGAAGUUGUUGGAAACACAGUUUUUAAAAUUCAGUCAGAACAAUCUGACCUAGUUUUAGUUGACAAAUUGUUUAUACUGAAUAUUGGCUGUCAGUCAAUUGUUAUAUUAAAAUUAAAGUUCUUUAUAUAAAACAUAAAAGAAAUUU